AUGGCAAGCGAGCCACUGGCUUCCCUGUUUUACUGUGACCUUGGUGAUGUGUCUUUUCAGACAGGCCCAAGGGGUACUCUUGAGAACGCUACCUGGAAAAAACAUUUGAAAUCCAGUAGUGCUCUGCCUGCCUCUCUAACUGAAAUAAAGAGCCUGUUCACCAUGAAGAGGCUUUUCAGCACUUCGCGCUCAACAAUAGAUUCAAAAGAAAUGAAAAAAUUCCAGCUCCUCUCACAUAAAUGGUGGGAUGAAGAAGGGGAAUAUUCAGCCCUUCAUUCUAUGAAUGAUAUUAGAGUGCCAUUUAUUAGAGAUACCCUGUUGAACAUGAGGAAUCAUCAUCAACUGGGAAACCCACUUUCUGGACUAAGGAUUCUAGAUGUUGGCUGCGGUGGUGGAUUGCUAAGUGAACCUCUAGGUAGGCUGGGAGCUUCGGUUACCGGAAUUGAUCCUGUGGAGGACAACAUUAGGACAGCAGAUUGGCACAAGUCAUUUGAUCCCAUCCUGGCCAAGAGAGUGCAGUACAAGAGCAGCUCACUAGAGGAGAUUGUGGAAGAGUCUGUGGAAACCUUUGAUGUAAUCGUAGCUUCUGAAGUAGUGGAGCAUGUGGCUGACCUUGAAAUGUUUAUCAAGUGUUGCUAUCAGGUGCUUAAGCCUGAAGGUUCUUUAUUCAUUACUACAAUCAAUAAAACACAGUUGUCCUAUGUCCUGGGAAUUGUGGUUGCAGAAAAAAUAAUAGGCAUUGUCCCAGAAGGAACACACGAGUGGGAGAAGUUUGUUCCCCCUGAAGAGCUACAGCACCUCCUGGAAUCAAGUGGCUUUUCCGUGAAGGCUGUGAACGGGAUGCUGUACAAUCCCCUUACGGGGGCGUGGAGCUGGAGGGAAAGCAGGAGCCUUAACUAUGCCGUCCACGCCAUGAAAUGCGAGCGGCAGGGCGGGCCGGGCCGCGCGGAGCCCUCGCCAGGGACGCAGGGACGCAGCACCAGGAGCCCUCUGCCACAGCUGGCACCCGCCUGUGACCCGUCUCCACACGUGGUGGCCAGCAGGGCACCAAGGAAGGUUUUACACAGAGGGACAUCACCACACCUCCUGCAGCAGUGA